CUCAAGUAGAAGCUGAGCCCCAUGGCCGGCGAGGCCAUGGCUGGUAAGCGGAAGCAGCCGGGUUUUGCGCCUGCAGUCGUCAGGCGCAUCCAUGGGAAGACGCAGGUCGCAGCCACUGGAAGACGCAUCCGCGGCAAGACGAGGAUCGCCCGCAUCGCCCACAGCAAGGCGCACUUCGCCCAGAUGCGCAUCCACGGCAAGGGGGGCGAUCCCCGAAGGCGAUCAGAGUUUCAGCCGGUGAAUCCAUUUUCCGAGGACAAGAAGGGGCUGGCACAGCUGCCGGAGAUCUCGCGCGCCCGAAUGGCCAUGUCGCCCGCAGUCCUGGGCACCAUGCCUUGCCGGGAGCAGCAGCAGAGUGAGUUGUUCAACCACCUCAGCGCGGCGAUCCGCCAGGGAGGGUCCAAGAAGGUGCUAUACAUCUCCGGCAUGCCGGGCACCGGCAAAACCGCCUCCGUGCUGCAAGUGGAGGCCCAGUUGAAGCAGAAAUUCGCCUUCGUGCACAUCAACGCCAUGUGCCUAGGGAAGCCGUCUGCGGUCUUUGGCGAAGUUUGGCGGCAGCUGCGGGAAGCAGGCUUGGCCCAGGAGCGUUGCUCCGCCGCAGCUGCCGAGAAGCAGGUCGAAGGCUUUUUCCUCCACCGCGCAACCCAGCAGGUCGUGGUUCUUCUAAUCGACGAGCUGGACUGCUUGGCAACGCGAAACCAGGCCAUCCUUUACCGCAUCUUGAGCCUGAUCAUGCUGCCAAAGCCCCAUCUUGUGAUGGUGGCAAUUUCCAACAACAUCGAUUUGCCUGAGCGGCUUCUCCCCAAAGUCAGCACGCGGCUGGGUUUCGACCGUGUGGACUUUCGAACCUACACGCGAGACCAGAUCCAUGAGAUCCUCCGGAAACGCCUUGAGGUUUACAAGGCGCUGGACACCUUCACCAAUGACACACUCAAGUAUUGUGCUGCGCGUGUUGCUGGCCACUCGGGUGAUGUGAGGAAGGCGCUGCAGCUUUGCAAGCGGGCGCUGGAUGUGUGCAGGCAGCUGCCAGUGACGAUCCAAGAUCUGCGGGCGGCUGACCAAGACCUCCUGCAGGCCAACCCCUGUGUAAAGGCAGUGCAUGGCCUUAGCGCCUUGGAUGAGGCCACGGAUCGGGACAAGAUCUUCGAACUGCGAGCACGGUGCCUGCCCCAGGCCACGGAGCGGGACACGAGCUUCGGACGGCGAGCGCGGUGCCUGCCUCAGGCCACGGUUCGGGAGAAGACUUUCGGACCGCGAGCGCGGUGCCUGCCCCAGGCCACGGAUCGGGACGCGAUCUUCGGACGGCGAGCGCGGUGCCUGUCCCAGGCCACAGACCGGCGCAGGGCGCGCGUUGCGGCAGGCCACGGACCGGGGCAAGGCGCGUGUACCAGCAGAGUGUGCGUGUCCCAGGCCACGGAUCGGGACACGAUCUUCGCACUGCGAGCGCGGUGCCUGCCCCAGGCCACGGAUCGGGACAAGACCAUCGGUCCGCGAGCGCGGUGCCGGCCCCAGGGUACGGAACGGGGCAAGAUGGCGUUCUGUUGCGCGACCAAAAGGCAGCACUUGACGCAGUCCGUCGAAGAACGACUUCGGCCAAAGCAGCGAGACGCACAGGGUCGUGUGCUCGCUGCGACUGACGAGGAACACGCGCAGGAGUGGCAGUUAGUCGUGUACACGCGGUUUGACAGCGAGGACAUUCGACCUGAAGAAGCAGCUGUGAUGCUGGUUGAAGCCCAGCAGGAUCCACGGACUCGGAGGGAGCUGCGAAUGUUCAACCACGUGAGCAAUAUAGGCGUCGGCGUGCACUACGACGCCCUACUGCCGCGGGACGUGCUACAAGGGCUGCCUAACAUGUGUUCGCUGGAGGAGAUGCAGCCUGACAGCGAACUCGAUGCGGGCGCUGUGGCAGGUCUAGAGGCGGCGGCAGGCAGCAGGCAGACGGCAGAAGCUUCGGUGCCAGGCUGCGAGCCGGAGUGCGCGGGCGGUGACUGCGGAGUCGCAGCUCCGCAGCAGCCCCCCGAGGCGAAUGCAACGUCAGAUUUUGCCGGCGCAGACAUGGACGCAGCGUCGGACGACGGCGGGAGUUCGGCAAGCGAAGUGUCUUCAGCAGGUGUGGAGCUGCUAGCUGCGCAGAUGCGCAGCAAUCCAACGUUGCCCAGCUCGGGCACGGUUUCCGCGCAAGACAUGAUGUCGGAGUUUAUUCGCUUGCCUCUCUUUUCGUGUCCUUUCGCGGGCUGCGUGUUUGAGACGGACGACGAAGGCGUUUUCUUGCAGCAUGUGGAGGGCGCAGAAGGGCCUCACGCGAAAGCUGUAGCGGCAGUCAGCGCGCAGUAUGUGUCGCCGAUGUGUCAUGGCGACAUGGUCGCGGCGGCCGUGGCCCUGCUUGAGCGGCGCAAAGUACCGUGCGUCGGUGCGGCCGUGACGCGGCGCGUCCUGCGGCGGCUAGCGGAAGCGGCGUGCGACGCAGAGGUGCAGGCGCUGGUGUGCUUCGUGUGUGGGCAGGUGCACACGACCGCGCGAGGCGCGCAAGAAACACCGAUUGCCAUGGCGCUCGCCAACGAUCAUUUCUACGGGUACGUGCCGCGGAUGUUGCUGUCCGAGGAGGUAACGUGGCUUGAGGUCGCAGCUGCGUCAACGAUCUGGACGUCGAUGCUGGUGUACUACUUAGAAGCGCCGUUCGGCCACUUGCAGCUGGAACACAUGCGAGGCGAGGAAGAGCUGGCGAGAUUGGUGCACGUUCACAUAGUUGGGCACGACGCUGACGUAGUGGACAAUCUGCGAGGCGCAACCAUGCGCGUCGACGUCGUGUUGGCCUUGAUCAACUACUUGCGCUCUGCAGGCUUUCCCGGCUACGAGAGCGCAGACAACGGCGCAGAGGCGGUGGCUGCUCGUAUGGAGGAAGUGUAUGGUCGCAGGUACGGGAACGGCCCUUUUGUUCCGCAGGCUGUACGGGAAGCGACGCAGGCAGCGCGUCGGGAGAGGCUGCAAGGGGCCUCUUUGAUAGAAGACAAGGUCGCGGCGCCAGCGGAAAACGCGACGGACAUAGAUGCGAUGUGUGCGGCAAUGAGGCCGCUGACGUUCGUGGCAGAGAACUCGGGCCCGGGGAGCACGUCCGCGCACCGGGAACAUGCCCAAGUGCUAGGUUAUAGGCUCGAGGACGCGCGGGAGCAGUGGGAGCCGGCACGAGUGAGCUUGCUGGACUUGGUGAAGGGCCUGCCCAGGCGCAUCGAAGCGCAGUUCCGGCAACACUGGGCCUUUGUGCCCGGGUUAUGGAACUUGUAUUUUCGUGACAGGUUGAAUCGUCAGGUGAGUCUGCGCUUCAGUGCCACGGCAUCAUCCGGCGUGAUCCCAGCUGGGGCGGAAACAUCUGCGGCGCAGGCCGCAGCAGAUUUGUACGACAUGCUGCAGCACGGCCACUUCCGAACGGCCAGUGGGACACGGCAACGGAUUGCCGGGGAUGUCGCAAAGCUGCGAUUCGCUGAGCGCGCGACGUCGCAACAAAGACAACUGUUGGCGGACUAUCGCUUUCGCACACAACAGCUACCCGGGACGCAGGAGAUUCGGUCGCGGAUAGGGCGCAGCGGCUUCUGGACGUCGGUAGUGUACGGCAACGGCAUUUUCAUGACAGUGACGCCAGGCGAGCGACAAAACUAUUUGGCGGUGCGGUUGUCGCGGCUGCGGCAGUCAGACCCACAUGCGAGCGGCGUGGCGCAGUGGGUUGGACACGACUGCCCGUCGCUGGAGGCACAAGCUGACGACGUCUUCGAAGCGCAAGUUCCCGGCUAUGAUGCUCGCAAGCUCUUGCUCGCCCGGGAUCCGCUUGGCGCGGCGCUAGCGUUUGGCGUGCAGAUCCGGGUUAUUCUAGCAAACAUACUUGGCGUGAGAAUGUGUGCCUCUUGCCCGGACUGUGGCACGUCUGAGGACAAAGCUUGCAUGGAUCGGUUUGGGUCAUGUGCGACCUACAUGGGCGGGGUGGCUGGACGGUGCGAUGGGUUGUGCGGUGCGGUGGAAUGUCAGAAGUCGACAGGGGCGUUGCACUACCACUUCUGGGCGUACGUGCAGCGUGCGCAUCAGCUCCACACGCUGCAGGAGAUCACGGCGAUGUUGCGGUCUCAGCUGUUGUCGGUGUCCAGCCUGAAGCAUUUUUACGAAACUGUCUGCCAGACGGAAUUCCCGCAGGAGGUGACCGCGUGGCAGCAAGCGAGAGUGGAGGGAGCAUGGCCUGAAUUUCAUGAGUGCCCAGCUGGCGCAGCAGAGCCCGCGCGCUGGGGGCAGACGCGGCCAGGGCGCAUACCGCCAUUUGUGUGGGCGGACGCGGCGGCGCCAAAAGCCGCCGGGCCGAGCCAGGGACACACCGCAACAAAGCAGGAGCUGCUAGCAGAGGCGAAGUCGUACGAAGAAAGCUACCGAGCAGCCCUGCAGGUGCAGUUAGAGUGGUCGCAGCUACAUAUUCAUCGCAUGGACCGAGCAAGCGGGCAGCGCAAAGUGCCGGGCGCGUGCCGCCGGAAUGCGACGGAGACCGCGUGCAAGCACGGCUUUCCGAAGGACGCGUACAUGAACGCCGUGCGGCCCCUCGUAGUAUGCGGCGGGAUCGCUCGCAGGGCACGGCUACCUCGCAGUUGUCGGCGAUCCAUGGUUGGACGCGUGCUGCCGCGCCGCAACUCGCCGUGGUUGAAUGGCACGGCGCCAGGCUUAGCGCUGGGCAUGUCUGGGGCAAACACGGACGUGAAGCUGAACGACCUGAUUCCCGUGCUCGAAGAAACGCACGAAAACGAAAUUUGUGGCCGCGCUUGCGCGGCGAAGGCAGGUCGGCAAGGAAUCAAGAAGCUCGUGCGGCGCUUUGCGCGUGCUCAGAGCGUCACAAACGGGUAUUUUGGCGGGUACAUCAGCAAGCGCCAGAAGCUCGGCAAGCUAGAGCUGCGAAAAUGCGUGCGGAAGUUGUUGCAGUUACAAAGCAAACUGCAGGCACGCACGUCGUCCCAGCAGUUUCGAGCUGUGUCUGGGCGCAUGAUUUCGGACUUGGAAAUCAAUGGGACCGUCCGGGGAGCUGUGGAGUCCAUGCAUUUGUGCAUCAACGCACGGGAUCACGACGCAUUGUCUGCAGAAUGCAUACGUAGCUUCCCUACCAUCUCAGUGCGCAGCCAGGCCUGGUUUGAGCGUUUGCACGCAGAGCUACGUACCUGCAACGUGCAGCGGCUUGAGUGCACGGUGCCGCUGCCGAGUCGCAAGGUGUCAGCGGUGUCUCAAAGGACAAUCCCUUGGGUGGAUGCGUACGGAAUGCGCCCACAAACGCAGGAGUUCGAGCUGCUGUCGCCGUUCGAGUUUUUGCGCUACUGGACAGUGGAAGCCGUCGAAGUGCCAAAGCGAGGCACACGCGCUGCAACCAGCCGGUUGACUGACUUGGGGCGUGAGGUCCUGGCGUCGGCGAGCGGCGCAACCGGGCCCUUGCUGCCUGGAGUGCACUUCCACGUGCGGGAGCCGGGCGAAGGGGACGCAUGGAUCACGUUCCCGGAGUCGAAGUCGGCUUCGACAGAGCGCUUUCGGCAUAUGUGGAUCUUACGUCGUCGCGCAAGGCCACAUGUGCCAGUGCUGGAAGGCUGUCGUCUGCCUUCGUUGUCCAAUAGUGCGGAGUACAACGCCAAGCUUUUCUCUGUUUUCUUUCGGCCGUGGACCUUGCGACCGCCAGGCACAGCGACAGUGCCGCUGCUGCGCAAUCUAGGUCGUGUGGACCCGGUGUCGGAGUUGUUGCGUGACAUGGCGGAGCCAGUGGUGCGGUUUUCCGGCGCGUGGGAGACUUAUCUCCGCGACGGUGUCGCUUCGGAGCAUGGUCUCCGUUUGAUCAAGACCGUGCUGCAAAUGUCGUUGUGCGGUGGUGCGCGGGAGGAAGACGAAGGCCCAGAGCAAGGUGUUCAGAACAAGGCUCCGCAGCAACACCCGCGGCUGGCCGCGGAGGACGUGGCGCGCGCUUUGCGCGGGGCUGAAGCCGAGGCAGGUCUAGGGCAGGUGCGGCAAGGGAGGCACGGUGCUUCGCUGAAGCGAGUCAGCGAUGUGUUCGGUACUGCGCAGCUGCCCGCGCAGUCGGCAGAGCUUGCGGCAGGGAGUGUGGCGGAAGACGCUUGCGUGCGGCACCUACAUGCUCUGAGUCAGCCAUCGGCGCAGGCAGAGCCAGAGAUAGGGCCGUACGCGGAAGAGCGAGCAGCGUGCGCUUUCGCGUACCCGCCCGGAUGUGAGGUGCCGCUGCGGAAGUGGCUGGCGGACAUACAACUGCGGCCUCUGCGGCCGACGCCUAGCAACUUGGCAAAAGCAUAG